AUGGGAGGAGACCCCCUAAGGCGCAACCAAAGCCUACAUUGCCAAUAUCACCAGGAGUGGGAGCAUACCACCAAAGACUCCAGAACUCUAUGGAAUUGUCUGGAGCAACUAGUCAGAGAGGGAAGGUUGCAGAAGUUUUUAUAUCGGCCCAACGGGCAGGGAGACCAGUCAAGGUCAGGUGCUCAGGGGAAUGCCUCUUCAAGGCCCCCUUUGGGCACCAUUAACAUCAUCUUUGCUGCUUCUAGGAGGACUGGUUCGCAACCCUCAAGGGUGAUGUCUGUGGCUUGGCCACUCGCCAAGGACGUUAACCCUAUGCUGAAAAGGGCUAGAGUGGAGGUUCGACUGGCAUUGAGCUUUUCGGAUGAGGAUAAGGUCAGAACUAUACAGUCACAUGAUGAUACUUUAAUUAUCACGCUUAGGAUAGGAGGAUACGAUGUGAAGAGAGUGAUAGUAGACCAAGGCAGUGGCGCAGAGGUUAUAUACCCUGAUCUAUAUAAGGGGCUGAACUUGAAACUUGAGAAUUUGAUAGCAUACAAUUCACCUCUUAUAAGUUUUGAUGGGAAAGUUGUCAUCUUAAAUGGUCAGAUCAGACUACCCAUACAAGCAGGAUCAGAGGUGGUGGAGGUGAACUCUAUUGUGGUGGACGCUUAUUCACCCUACACAUCCAUCGUAGGAAGACCCUGGCUUCAUGCCCUGUGGGCUGUUUCCUCCACUCUGCACCUGAAAGUGAAAUACCUAGUCGAGGACCGAAUCGAAGAGCUCGUUGGGAGUCAAUCCAAUGCUAGGUAG